ACCAUAUCCUCCUCUCAGUUUUCAAACACGGCGUGUAAAGGGAGGAUACAGGCGUGGUAGCUCUGACCAUAUCUGGAAGACUAGUUUUUAAAUCGUGAAUUAAACCUAACCGCUUGCUGUUUUUCUUUCCCAUUUUUUUUUUGCGAUGGCCAAAGGAGAAGGAGCUGAGCAAUACUCCAACGCUAGUUUAUUAAAUAAAUCGGACAGCUCGGAUUCUGUUAAACUCGCAAGAAAGUCUGAACACAGGCACAGGUUGACCAUCUGCAACAAAAUCUGCUAUGCAAUCGGCGGUGCGCCCUACCAGAUAACCGGAUGUGCUCUGGGCUUCUUCCUUCAGCUCUAUCUGCUCGACGUAGCUCAGUUGGAUCCUUUUUAUGCCUCAAUCAUCCUGUUCUUCGGCCGAGCUUGGGAUGCUGUGACGGACCCCACGGUGGGUUUCCUGGUCUCCAGAAGCCCGUGGACUCGUUUUGGCCGGAUGAUGCCAUGGAUCGUACUCUCGACUCCUCUCGCUGUGAUGUCAUAUUUCCUCAUAUGGUACGUCCCACCCUUUGAAGAUGGAAAAGUCGUCUGGUAUAUUUUCUUCUACUGCAUCUUCCAGAGCCUGCAGACCUGCUUCCAUGUGCCAUAUUCUGCCCUCACCAUGUUCAUCACCUCAGAGCAGAAGGAGAGGGACUCUGCUACUGCCUAUAGGAUGACGGUGGAGGUUUUGGGCACCGUUGUGGGUACGGCCAUCCAGGGGCAGAUCGUGGGCAUGACUCACGCUCCCUGCCUUCCAGGACCCAUGGAGAUCCUUGCAGAUCCCACUAACAAUUACACGUUGAUCCCCCACAAUGUGUCAGAACACUCUAUAUCCCUGCAGUACACGAGGAACGCAUACAUGAUUGCAUCUGCUGUCAUCUGUUCGAUCUACAUCCUCUGUGCAGUUGUCCUCUGCUUGGGCGUAAGGGAACAUGAGACCAUUGGGAUCAGGUCCAAGCCUAUGCCCUUCUUUCAAGGAAUCAAGAUGGUGAUGGGAUAUGGACCCUAUGCCAAACUGGUCAUGGGUUUCCUCUUCACCUCUCUGGCUUUUAUGCUCCUAGAGGGAAACUUCGCUCUCUUCUGUAGCUACACACUGGGAUUCAGGAAGGACUUCCAGAACAUUCUGCUGGUUAUCAUGCUUUCUGCUACUCUAGCCAUCCCGGUCUGGCAGUGGUUCCUGACUCGCUUCGGGAAGAAAAUGGCGGCGUAUGUCGGCUCCUUGUCUGCCGUUCCCUUCAUGAUCCUGGUGGUUUGCAUAAAGAGCAACCUCAUCGUCACCUACGUCGUUGCUUUUGCUUCUGGCGUGGCGGUGGCUGCAGCCUUCCUGCUGCCCUGGUCCAUGCUGCCCGACGUGGUCGACGAUUUCCAAGUUCGUAACCCAGAAUCCACUGGGCACGAAGCCAUCUUCUAUUCCUUCUACGUGUUCUUCACCAAGUUUGCGUCUGGCAUCUCCCUGGGCGUCUCCACGCUGAGCUUAGACUUCGCUGGCUACAUCAGCAGAGGCUGCUCCCAGCCUGAGGAGGUGGAUUUGACGUUGAAGCUGUUGGUCUCAGCCGCCCCCAUAGUCCUCAUCUUCAUCGGCCUGGGAAUCCUGUACACGUAUCCCAUCGACGAGGAGAGGAGGCAGGGCAACCGCAAGUACCUACAAGACUUGAGGGAUGAGGAGGAUUCAGAGACGGACUCCAGAGAAAUGGCCGACAUGAUCUAGGGUGUUUUUUUUUAUUUUGAAGCUCUUCUGGACCAAUCUGUUGAUAAGCUGGCAUUUUGCACUGGGCUGGACCAACGGACCUGGACCUGGACUUGGAUCCAGGUCUGUUGGAGCGCGCUGACACCGCCUCGUCCUGCCAAGGCUGCUUCUGCUGCUGUUCUGAAUAGAAACUGUGUGAGCCACGCUGAGGCCUUCCUGAAGACAUCCUGCUCCUCCUUUUUUCUAUUUAUGAUGUUUUCCUGGCGCCUCACUAAGCCUUACCUUUUUUUGUACAACAUACUACUAUUAGGUACAACACAACAGAGAUUUUCUUUUCUCAAUUGAAAUUGCACAAAAAGGGUGAAUUUGCAUUAUUGGUGCUUUUUGAUGGAGCCGGGCAGAAGCUCCUCUUUUCUACAUGCAUUACUGAACGUUAGCGACCAUUAGCACUGCGCUGGAAGGAUCUUCACAGACCUGAGAGACAGCGGCAAUGCCUUAAUCUCUGUCACAUUUCAGAGGAGACAUUUCAGAAAUGGAUAAAGUGACAUAAAAGUCUAACAUCUCAUCUUAGUUUACAAAACAACAAUGGGGUGUGCCAGGUUGUUUGCUCAUCAUUCCCAUCACACUGGCUCUCCUGGGAAGCGGUGAUUACGUAACAUGGUGCCAAGAGCCACUACAGUUUUGAACGCAGUGAGUUUGCACAAAAAAAAACUGCCAACUUAUCAAGUCAACUGUUUCUUUUUUUGUUAUAUA